GACAGCAGGAAUUGAGGCCCAGCUUGCAACUUGGUGGGAGAGCCGACAGUCGCAUGCUCAGACUCAGGUCAGAGCCCUCUCCCUGCUCACUCUGCCCGAAUUGGUUUCCAGCACCCAGCCAUUCACUCCAGCUCUGCUUCCUAUAUAUUCCCCUUCCGAGUGCUCAUAUCAUUUCCCCUUCUCCCGCUUCACCCUGCACACUACUACAUCUCCCUCCUUUAAUUCUCGAGGCCCUCUUUCACACCCUCUCCCCAUCUACCCAAUGCAGCAGCCCACUCUCGCCAACGUCCAUGUCCGCACCACAGACGAUGCCCACAAACUAUUCUACGCCGUCGAGCUCGGGAUGUUGCCCAAAAUAGAGAAACGUCUCGACGCACAUGAACGCGCCGCCUUGCGUCCGGGGAAUGUCUAUGUUUGGGAGGAAAAGCCUCCGAACGCUGACAAUUACGCCGUUACGAUGGAGAGGUUCACAGAGGGAAAGGCCUGGACACCGUCCCGAGUAAGAGACGAUUUCCUCAUGUACUACGAAAAGCCCACCAAGAAGAAGGGUAAGAGCGAGAAGAUCGAGGACACCCCCAGAUCGAUGGAAGACCACGUCGUUCGCGAGGGCGAACGCGAUACCUUUGUCAAGUUGACCUACUCCGCAUAUCGUUCCGACCCUUCAGAUGCCUCUGCCGCUUCUUCAUCUUCGUCCCUCCCUUCGUCCUCGAAAUCACACGAAAAGGACACCAGGAAGCCCCGGAAGUGGCAUCUCAACGCGUACUUUACCAAACACACCGAAGGCGAACUCCGUACCAUCGACGAUAUUCCCGAGUUACGAGGACUCAUCGUUCCAGAAGGUCUAUACAAAACCGCUCGUUCUACUCCGAAAAACGUAAAGAAGGCUGGGGAGCUUGGAAAGGACGCUUCUGGAGCAGAGAGAACGGGCGCCGGCAAGACGGGAGGCGUGCAAGGGACGCAGAAAGAGAGGAUUUAUGCAGCUUUUCCUAGUAGUCAUCCCUCGACGAGGCCUUCGCAGUCGAUGUCGAUGACGCAGACGUAUCCUGUGUAUCCUAGUGGACAAGGCCCGGGAUCUGUGGUAUUCCAACAGGAUCCAGAUAUCAAGAUGACUUCGUCUAGUGAAGAUGCUUCGAGUCUACCGACAGUAACGGUGCCACCUUCGCAUCAGCCGACGACGAGUUUGAAUGCGAUUGUGAAUGUAGUGCAUUUGCCAGGGUAUGUGUCUCCCGAGGCGGAAUCGGCGUACAUGCAGGCGAGCUCUGGAUAUCCGAACUACGCUUCAUACGCGUCCCAACUUCCCUCUGCCUCCUCGCAAACUCAGACCUACGAAGAAGGUGGUCAGACGAACCCUGGAUCUGGUUACGGGUCAUCUGAACCUUCACCUUCACCCAUGUCUGAAUAUUCUUCGGGGUCGUGGCAUCAACACCACCAACAACCCUCACAUCGGUCCUCCCUUUCAAACCAAUACACCCAUUCCCACCCGUACGCUCACAUCCACACCCCAUUCGCACACCAUCCAGAUCACCCAAACGCCUCUCAAUCACACCUCCACCUCAACCAUUUCAACCGACACAGACACCACACUCACACCCCAGCACUUUCGGAUACCAGUCAUAGCUCGAGUUCGAGCUCGCCGUAUAGUAUUUCUGUUCCUAUGGGUAUGGGUAUGGGUGGGUUAGGUGGGGUUGGGAGUGGGUUAGGUGGGAUGAGGGUUGAGGAGGAUGAUGAAGAAGAUUUGAGUGGGUACGUACCUGCGCCCCCGCCUUUCAUUCUCGAACAUUCCAAUGCGUCUUUUACUAUGGACGAUCCUGAUUCCCACCUUGCGCAUUCUCAUCAUUCGAGAUCACCUCCUCACCUGCCAGACCUGCACCUUGAUGAUUAUUCAUCGGGUGAGCAUGAUGAUUCGAAUCUUCAUGGACAUCGCAGUGGAAAUUCUUCUUCUGGGAGGGGAGAUGAUAAUAUGAGUGAGAGUGGGAGAAGUGCUGGAGGGAGGAGUAGUGAGGAUGGUGCUGGUGGUGCUGGUGGAGGGUCUUCUUCUGCUGCUGCGAGGGUGGUGGCGCUUGCGCCGCUUAGGUCGUUGCAGAGGAAUCAUCCGUAUAGGAGGUGGUUGGUGGAUGAUAAGGCUUUGAGGAUGUUGGGUCCUUCUGCUUGAUGUUUUCGUUCACUUUACGUGCUGGAGCUCCUGACUUGAACACUUCAACUUUCGCUUCGAAUUGGAUGAUUGGACAACCUGGGCUACUUGGACACCUUGGACGAUCCUCGCCAUUCAACGCCCCUGCGUCCCGAACUCCCACGUACUGGAGCUGCCGACGCCCGACCUUCACUAUUCGACACUCGGGCAUUCGGAACCCCUGGUACAUCGAUCCUAUUUGUCGAACCUUGUACAAGAGGCGUCAUACACUCCCUUCCUACGUUGAACCUAGCCGAUUCGGGUUUGGGCUCGUGGAACUUGAACUUAACAAUUCAAUGUCCUCGUUCCGGCAUUCCGACUCCUCCGACGCCUAUUUCGCGAAGGCGCUAUACAUUCAGUACAUCCGGAAGUUCGUACACGCACAUGAUCGUAUAACUCCAAGAUCACGCGACUCCGAGGCUUCCAUGCGCGGUUGAGGUGGUGAAUGGCCUUUGUUACACUAGGCAUUCGUCAUUGCGGUCGCCACGCGCGACUUUGUUAUCUUUUCUGAGAUUUGGGGUCUUUUCUAAUUUUUUCCCUUCUUUUCCCUUGGGCAACGACGCCCAUCAUAUCAUGCAUAUUUCUUAGCCGGUGUCCCCCAUCUCACAUCUACAUUGACACUGGUUUGAAUAUUACCCAGCACACACUUAUUACCCAGCAUGCUCUAUUUGCCCCACUUCUUCCUCCGAACUCUAUCGCACAUCGACUUAUGUUGGACAUCCCACAUUACACAUUACGCAUCACACACUGCACACAUCUGAGAAGACAUGAACACUUGUAUUAUACAUCAUCUUUUCGCAUCAUAUAUCAUCAUUCAUCUAUCGCGUUCUUCCUAUGUAUCGGUAUCAUGGACGAGACGACGGAUACCGGACACCUGACAUCUGCUCCUGGAUCUUCAGUCUUCAACAGGCUUCUAAAUUUCUCUCUUUCUCUCUGUCUCUCUCUCCCGACUGUGGUUCUUCAUCCUUUGCUCUCUGUCAGCGAGAGCUUAAACUUGCUUCUUUGCUUCGUUUUUCUCACUGGCUCUGAUCAUUUCUCAUCACUUGCAUCUCUCGCAUUGGGCAACCUCACUCUCCCAGUUCCCAUCCUUCACACUGGAUACCGUCGGAGACAGACUCGGAGGGCGGAGAAACGAGAGGACGGAGACGAACGCACGAGGUGCAGCGACGCUUCCUUCGUGGAGAUUAGGUCGACCCUGCAUGCAUGCACGCACGCACACUUAUACGCACAAUUCGCUUCUCGAAUCGAAGCUAUGCUAAGUCUGAUUGCUUCGCGGGAGGGGUUUCCGCUUUCACUUAGCGUUCGACUUCGCCCAAUGGCAACGGGUGCAGGACUUCAUUUCCAAUCGGCUGUUGGAAUCUCAUGGCCAGUCGACAUGAUCACUCAGUAACAACCCCCGGCACGUUCAGACGUUCUGUUCUUCCUUUAUUUCCUAUUUGUGUCUUUUACCUUCAGACCUACACUCAUACCGUCGGCAGGGUCGCUUUUCCUGUCGGCAUUUCAUUCGAG